GAAGCCUUCCAGGGGAAGAUUAAGAGCCCAAGGAAGGGACAGGAGAAAUGGGGAGUGGAGCCAGCGCUGAGGACAAAGAAUUGGCCAAGAGGUCCAAGGAGCUGGAGAAGAAACUGCAGGAGGAUGCUGACAAGGAGGCCAAGACCGUCAAACUGCUGUUGCUGGGUGCUGGCGAGUCAGGAAAGAGCACCAUCGUCAAACAGAUGAAGAUCAUUCACCAGGACGGCUACUCACCAGAAGAAUGCCUGGAAUUCAAGGUUAUCAUCUAUGGGAAUGUGUUGCAGUCCAUCCUGGCUAUCAUCCGGGCUAUGUCCACACUGGGCAUCGACUAUGCUGAACCGAGCUGUGCGGAUCACGGGCGACAGCUCAACAAUCUGGCCGACUCCAUCGAGGAGGGGACCAUGCCGCCUGAGCUGGUGGAGGUCAUCAAGAAACUGUGGAAGGAUGGCGGGGUGCAGGCCUGCUUUGACAGGGCUGCGGAAUACCAGCUCAAUGACUCGGCAUCUUACUAUCUGAACCAACUGGACCGGAUUACAAACCCUGACUAUCUCCCCAAUGAGCAAGAUGUGCUUCGUUCCAGAGUCAAAACCACAGGCAUCAUUGAGACCAAGUUCUCUGUCAAAGACCUGAAUUUCAGGAUGUUUGAUGUGGGCGGGCAGAGAUCAGAGAGGAAGAAGUGGAUCCACUGCUUCGAGGGUGUCACCUGUAUCAUUUUCUGUGCAGCCCUCAGUGCCUACGAUAUGGUGCUGGUAGAAGAUGAUGAAGUGAAUCGUAUGCAUGAGUCUUUGCACCUGUUCAACAGCAUAUGUAACCACAAGUUCUUUGCUGCUACUUCCAUUGUCCUCUUUCUCAACAAAAAGGACCUGUUUGAGGAAAAAAUCAAGAAGGUUCAUCUCAGUAUUUGUUUUCCAGAGUAUGAUGGAAACAACUCCUAUGAGGAUGCGGGGAAUUACAUCAAGAGCCAGUUCCUUGAUCUCAAUAUGAGAAAAGAUGUCAAAGAAAUCUACAGUCACAUGACCUGUGCUACAGAUACUCAGAACGUCAAAUUCGUGUUCGAUGCAGUCACAGAUAUUAUCAUCAAAGAAAACCUCAAGGACUGUGGCCUCUUCUAAUCCACACCAUGCCUCAGGUACAGUUCUGCCAAUGGGUUUGGAAUGUGGGUCAACUCAAGCUGAAAAUUGUAGGCCAGUGAUCUUGACACAAAGAAUGUUGAAUGCAUUCUCUCUUGGCAGUGGAGGCUGUGUGACUGUAGCUGUGUCUCGCGGGUCUUUCUCUACAUUAGCUAGCUAGUUCAGUCCAAAGAGGGCACACAAAGGCCAGGUGGUCCUUAGACCCAGGUUUCAGUGCUGGCUCUGAAGCUUAACGUGAGAAUGUGAGUGCUU